GGCCUUUCCUUCCGCUUGAGCCGUUCCAGGCCAAGUGGCCGCCUCUCCCGUGAUCUCUGGCGUCAUCAUCUCCCCGCAACACCAGCCUCCAACCUAACAACAUCUUUACCGCCGUUCCACAAUCCUUAACCACAGCCACAGCCUGAGCCACAGUUGCCAUGUCAAGCCUGGUUUCCGGAAUUUCGAAACUCAACCCCUUCGCUGGGUCGUCUAAAGUCGACGAUGAAGACAAGGGCGAGGUAAUCGAUGCCAAGACAGUCGCUGGCGGCGGCCACGCAUCGCGUGAAUCACACAUCACGAAGGAUCGGCUGCGCGUCAGCAGAGCGAUCAGAGAGGUGUUGUACAAAGAAAACGUUCUGUCGAAAGGAGACGCCGGCGUUGACCAGGAGCAACCCACCACUGCUUUGAGGGAAUUGCUUGACAAGAGCCACAUCAGGGUUCCGCCCGAAGUCCUCGACCGCAAUUAUCCACUGCCAGAGUAUUACAUCAGCUCAAGCCACAACACCUAUCUCAUGGCUCACCAGCUGUAUGGAUCGUCUAAUGCUUCAGCAUAUGAGAUUGCUUUGGGGACCGGUUCUCGCUGUGUGGAGAUUGAUGCCUGGGAUGACGACAACAAUCCGGACGAACCAAAAGUCACCCACGGCUACACAUUAGUCUCAAACAUCCCUUUCCGUACAGUCUGCGAGACUAUUCGCGACGUGGUCGAUCGGGAAGUUGCUAAUGAGAAGAACGCUGCACCGAUUAUGAUAUCCCUUGAGAAUCACUGCGGUGCCCAUGGUCAGAUGAGACUUGCGUGGAUUAUGCGAGAAGUUUUCGGGCAGCGUUUACUCAGCAAGGCUGUGCGCGAGAAAGGCCACCUCGAGCAGGAAGGUUCGGGCAAUCACGUUACUCUGGCAGAGCUUAGGAAUAAGAUCGUUGUCAUUGUGGAGUACCACCUGCCAGACGAACAAGAAAGCAGUAGCGACAGCGAUAGCUCCGAGGACGAGGAAGCGAAGAAAGCGCACCAGCAGUACAACAAGCAGAAGCAGGAGUGCCCUCAGGGCAUCAUUGUUCCAGAACUGGCUGAGAUCGGCGUGUACGCGCAGUCUGUCAAACCAGUGAACAACUCCUGGUUCGAGUCAAACCUAGAAAAUGCGCCUCAUCAUCAGCUUAUUAACGUUUCGGAAUCUGGAUUGAAGAAACACCUGCUGGGAAAUAGCCCCAAGGUUGCUCGACACAACGCCCAUCAUCUCAUGCGUGUCUACCCAAAAGGGACUCGGAUAUCGUCCAAGAAUCUUCAGCCAGUCCCAUUCUGGGGCAUUGGCGCACAGAUCUGUGCCCUGAACUGGCAGACCUUCGGCUCCAGUAUGCAAAUCAACGAGGCUCUCUUUGCUGGUUCGGAUGGGUACGUUCUGAAGCCUGCAGCUCUGCGCGCCGGAGGCAACGGCAACGUCCUCAAUGGCAGACGGAAGAGACUUCGUUUGAACAUCGUCGGUGCCAGCGACGUGCCUUUGCCGGAAGAUCGCGAGCACGGUGACAUCAAACCAUAUGUUACAUGCACACUGGUUCAUCCAAACGACCUAAACAACAUGCCACCAAAGCGCAAGACUGCUGGCUACAAGCCUUCGAAGAUGGCAACGCUCAUGCACAAAGAGACCUCUCCCGCUAAUGAUCCUAUUUGGAAUGAGGAGCUCGAAUGGGAAUAUGACGACAGUGAGAUGGUUUUCUUACGCCUCUUGAUCAAGAGCGACGAUAGCUUCUCACGCAACCCCGUCUUCGCCGUGGCGGCUGUGAGGUUGAUGUAUGUUGUCCCUGGGUGGAGCUUCCUUCGUAUGUUCGAUCUUGGAGGCCAUGAGACCACAUGUACGUUGCUUGUCAAGUUCCACUUCGAGGAUAUCUAGGAGACUGCGAAGGAGAGUAAGCACAACGGCCGCAGGCGCAAUCAGAAACGACACCAUAAACUUGACAGAUGGCGAG